AUGGAUCAAUACAAACUAAUCGAAGCUGAGUUGCUUAAUAAAACCUAAAAGAAGUCUUCAAAUUCAAGAGGAAAGCUUCUAGUCUCAACUUUAGUUGCUCUUGCAGCAGCUUAUGUUGCAGUUUAGGCUUUUUCUAGACCUUCAGAUAUUCAAUUUCACCAAAGAUAAACACUUUGGAGUAAUGAUAAACUCACUUUAUUAGGAUGGAAAACUCUUUCAAAAUUAGGGAUCAAUAAACCCAUAUAAAAGAUUGGUGUAUCUUCUAGGGGAAGAAUCUAUGCCGUCUUAAAUGAAACAAGCUAUUCAAUAGUGAGAUGGUUUGAUACAACUAAAACCUACUGGCUACCAGGCUAUUCCGACAUGGAAAAUACAGUUGAUGUUCAGCUCGAUCAAUCUGGAAUCAUAUACCAUCUCUCAUCAUAAAAUUAAUUAGCUAGCUCUGCAAGUAGCUAGACUCUUCCAGGAAUCAAGAAAUUUGCAGUAUCAGACUCAGGAAAGCUGCAUUGUAUCUAUGAUACUAAGCCAAGUUCAAAGGGCAAGUUGAAUCAAUGGUAUGAUUCUCCUGUUGGAAAAUACAUCUACUACAAAAAUGAUGUGGUGAGUGACCUCAUUGUGAACUAAGAAACUCCAAUCUUUGUUGAUACUAACUCAAGACUAAUUGGAUAUGGAAACAUUUGUGUACAUCAAGUCACUGCAGGAGCUGAUGGAAGUCUCUGGGCUUUGAGCUGCUCUGAUUUCGAUUAAACUGGAAAUAACAGACAACUUCUUAAGUGGGAUGACUCAGUUUCAAAAUGGUACAAAGUUAGAGAUGCUUUUGGAGUUUAAGUCGCUGCUUAUAAUGAGAUCUCAGUUGUUCUACUUCAAUCUAAUGGAAAAAUUAAAAUAUCUACACAAGGUUUGGCUUAAAAGGAACUAGUAAGAAUUGAUGGACCUGUUUAAAAUCUUCCUGAUAAUACCACAAGCUAAAAUUCUACUAACAACACUUCAAAUAACAAUACAUCUUCUAACACCACUCAAGAUUAACCAGCAAAUAACAGUGGAAGUACAGAUGGAGAAAACAGUGGUACCUCAGAUAAUAAUGCUACUUCAAAUACCACUGAUCCACUUUCACUAUCAUUGUUCAAUGAUAGUGUCAUUCUUAACUCUUCUUCUAUAAACUUUGUCAGAGGAAAUUUAUCUCAAAACUACUCAAAUUCAUAAUUAUGUCACAGGGCUACAAGAGAUGGAUUCAACAACUCAAUAUUCAACUAAAGCUGUGCCUAUAGAGGACCUUCACUUAUUAUAGUAAAGUCCAACAAAGGUUUCGUGUUCGGAGGAUAUAACCCCUUAAGUUGGUCCAGCGAUUAUAAUUGGAAAGGAUAAGAAGCAGCUUAUAUUUUCAGUGUUGACAACAAUGCUGUAUUGAGACCUUUACAAAAUCAAACUGUUUACAUUGCUAGACUAAAUUAUAUACUAUCUCCUAUGUUUGGAUCAUUUGACUUGGAAGUCGACUUUAAUACUCCAACAUUCUAAUUCUCAUCACUAGGUACCUACUACUAGUUGCCACCAGGUAUUUAUAAAGAUACUGAUUAGGCUAAGUCAUUCCUUGCUGGAGAAAAAUACUACUAGCUUGCUGAAGUAGAAACAUAUUUGCUCUAUUGA